CCUGAUUUGACCGCAAAUUGGAUGUUGAAUUGAGACCGGUUGCGCAGGGAGACCUGGAACUCAUAAACAUGGCGUCUCGUACUUGGCCGUCGGCAUCUGGUCGCCGUUCAAAUGAUUCAACGGAUCAUUGAAGUUGUAGCAGUUCAACUGUGUAUGCUGUUGGCUCCAUAUUUCAAAUCGACAAAGUAUUCGAAUAUAAAAAGCCUAUCUCAUCACCUCUGUCUCUGUAAGCUAAACUAUUGCUGAAACGUUGUGUUGAAGGGUUGAUUGUUGACAAUCUGGCAUGUAAUUGAAAUGGAAGAUGAAAUACAUUGAUGUAGACUAUGUCUUCAAGGGUUUUUAAGCAUGGAAUAUAUUCUUAUUCAUCGUCAUAUUUAAUGGGUAGCAACUUGAGCUACACACAAGAUCAAAAUCAUAAUUCAAAUUCAGAAUAUGGGACAACUCCCAAGAGCAUGGGAAGUGGAGCUUCAAGCAAUUAUGAAAGUUCAAAAGAUACUAACAAGUUUAAAAGAAGAAGCCUUUCCAAUAUUCUUGGACGACAGUCACCAACCCAAGGAAGACCAUUACCAAAAGGACCAGGACCGUUACUGCCAAGUAGCGGUUUGAGGAAAGGAAGGAAAAAGACAGAUGUGACACCAUCACAGGCAAAAGGACCAGUUAAAGGCAACCACUUACUGGCUAAAGGUGGGUCACACAAUGUACCAAGGACAGAGGUAUCAAGUCCAGAGGAGCAUAGAAGUCUUAGCCGGUUGAAGUCAAGAUCAUUGGAUGACAUAAGGAAUGUUGAGAAAAGGGAAUCUAUAAAGUUAAACCCAGACAAGAUUUCAGUUGAUUUAGACAUGAAAAAAGCAAGAAAAGCAUUUAAAAUAUCAAGGUCACCUUCCUUUGAUAAUAUAAAUACUGCCAGACGACAGACUGAAAGUGAUCAGAGGGCUUUGCUUGAUAGACUUAGCAAAAUGAGCACUGAUGAAGCAUCAAAAAAUGCAGAAAAUUCAGUAAAAAAUAGAAAAUCAUUAUCAGACCAAUAUUCUACUUCAUCAAUAUACAAAGAUAACAUCUUUAACCCAUUGAAAAAUCUACUACCAAAGAGCUCGAUUCAAUCAAAACCAGAGGCUCGCAUUGACAAUGGUGGAAAAAGUAGCAGCAGCAUCCCCAGAAAAGACAGUCUAGGAAGAAACAGAAUCAAUAGCCAAGAACAGUCUUUGCAGAGAAGAUCCUCUGAUUCUGCCUAUGAAUCUAACAGCAGCACUGGCAGUAGUUCAGGAAAUUCAUCUCCAAAAUUGUCAAGAGAUCAGGUGGAAUCACAAGGACGCAAGGUUGCUACAGACGCCUAUGGGAAAGGGCUUGUUGGACUCAGAAAUCUUGGCAAUACAUGUUUUAUGAAUUCGAUCCUGCAAUGCCUACGAAACUUGAGGAAACUUCGAGCAAUGUUUUGCAAUGAAGCCAAGAUUAAUAAAUUGCUCGAGGCCACACCUCAAAACAAAGGAGGACUCGCCAAAGCUUUCACGAAUGUUGUGCGCGAAAUGUGGUCACACUGCAGCACUGGCGUCACAAUUACACCACAUUCACUGAAGCUGCAAGUGCAGAAAUACGCACCGAGAUUUGUCGGCUAUAACCAACAAGAUUCACAAGAAUUCCUCAGGUUUCUCCUGGAAGGCCUUCACGAUGAUCUGAACAUAAGUCGUGAGAAAUUGAAAGACCAACCUUCGGACACAAGCAGUCUCAGUGACACAGAGCAAGCAAGGGCUGCAUGGGAGCGUUACGAGAGAAGAGAAAAAAGUAUCAUUAGUGAUUUGUUCGUUGGACAACUGAAAAGCACUCUUACUUGCACGGAAUGUAAAUAUCGCUCACUGACAUUUGAUCCUUUUUGGGAUUUGUCAUUACCAAUACCCUCGUCAAGGUCAAGAACUUCCUUGUUAUCCGGCAAAGUGUCUCUAGACGACUGCUUUAAAAGAUUUACCCAAGAAGAAGUUCUGGAUGGCGACGAAAAGCCGACUUGCGAAAAGUGCAAAAAAAGGAGAAAAUGUCUAAAGCAGUUCUCCAUCGAAAGAUUUCCACAGAUUUUAGUGAUUCAUCUCAAAAGAUUCUCCGGCUUACGGUAUAGAACCAAGUUGGAAACAAUGAUUGACUUUCCAUUAGCUUUGAACCUUUCCAGUUACGCAGCUAGUAACGCAACAAGAAGAUCAGAAGCGCAAUAUAAUUUAUAUGGCAUUUCAAACCAUUCCGGCGGAACAUACAGUGGCCAUUAUACCGCGUAUUGCAAGCACCCGGACACAGAUGAUUGGUUCUACUACAGUGAUUCGAGGAUCUCCAAGCUUGACAGGUCAAGGAUUGUUACCGAAGAGGCAUAUGUUCUUUUUUACGAGUUGUCAAAUCAAAUGUCUGUUCUAUAACGUGGCUGUAACUAAAGAGGUAAUGCCAUGUUUUUUAAGCCCAACAAUAAAUCUCAUUUGGAAUGACGUCAUGGAAUGCUGCUCCAUUUGGCAACGAUUCAAAGGCUUUUAAAGUCAUACGCCGUGUGUUUUUAAAAUAUGUGUUUCGAUGAAAGAAAAUAUGGAGAGACAAAUAACUAAUAAAGAUGAAGAAAACGUAGAAGAUGUUUUCGUUGUUUAAGAUGUAUGAUUGCUGACUAUGAGUAAAAAGUUGUCUCUGUGCCUCAAUCGUCAGUUAUAAUUUAAAAUCUAUCUCAGAGUUGUGCCUUAUUUGCAGUGGUUUUUAACUGUAUAUAAUUGCCUGCCUGUGAGGAUUUCAGGGCCACAUAUAUCUUGCUUUGGUUGAACCAUUAAUGGCUAUUUUCAUGUCCUCAGAGGUUUUUGGUACUUACAGUUCCUUUAGUGAUUUCUUCCUUAAUAGAAUCACUUUUUCUGUGUAACGAUGAUCUCAUCGCUUGGCAAGUAAAGUUUCUCCAGUUAACGAAGUGACAUGUUAACAGCAGUAUGAUCUUUUCACCAUGCCAACUUUUAUUUACCGUGACAACUCGAUAAAACCUCUUCCGAGAAAGCCUCUCUCUUUAGCAUCGAGUUUUGAAUAAGACUUCCUCUCGAACAAGCCCCCCCCCCCACCCUCGGCCCCCUAAUGAUGUUAUCAGAUUUUCAACCUUUCAAAAGCAGCCUUUCGAAAGGGGCUUAUUUGAGCUACGCGGUAGAUAGAAUUGUUUACCGGACAAGAUGAGAUGGGCCUAACAAACUUCUAAUUCACCUUUAUCUUUCUUCAUGGAAAAGACCAAACUUAGAAACAUCCGACUUGACAGAACCCCUUUUUACAAAUCGAUAAAGUAUACAGUUACAGGAUAUUUGAAAAUGUUGCUAAAAAGCAAGAUUUAAUGAAAUGUUAUCGAAAUUUUAAAAUAGUUUUCUUGAAGACCGUUCAAUGGCAAAUCUUUGGCCGUUUUUUUAUGUAUCAGCAACAGGCCUAUCGAUGCGAAAUUUUGGAAAGGGUACAGUCAAUGACCUAACAAAUUUCACAACUGUUUGUUAAAAAGAGCGUUUCGUAGGAAUACAAAGGGCGUGGCUACAAUUGUAAUGUAAGCUAACUGUAUGAUCGGGCUCCCUCUGCUGUUGUUUGCCCCCUUCCGAAGACACGAUCAAGACAUAGAUUACUAUCAUACUGUUCAUCUAUGACCUUGAAUCACUACUUUUACUUUAUUUCUUAUCUUAAUUUCAUUUAAUGACUUUAUUUUUGACAGUUUUUAUAAUGUACUCUAUUUCUUAUUAUUACUCGCAGUUAAUUUGCAUUUUCUUUUUGUGCCGUAGUUAUGAGAAAUUCGAACAACAGUUAUGUAGUUUUGGAAAAAGUUUUAUGAGGAAUUCGAGAUGAUUUUAAAAGAAUUGAAAGAAAUUUUUACCCUUUUAAAAGGAGUAUUAAAAAGAGUAUAUUUAGUUAUCGAAUGGUCUCUGCACUUCGAGGCCAGUCAGUACGUGGUGUGUUGGUCGCAUAAUUAAAACUUAUGUUAGGAGCGAUAAAAACACGAUAAAUGCCGUAAGGAAGGAUUGA